AUUAUGCUCAGGGUUAAGUCUUCAGUUUUCUAAUCCGGAGGAAAAUGACUUAUUUUAAAAUGCAGUAAAAACACCGCAUUCCUUUGGCACAGGAUGAAGACCAGCUCAGCUCUUCAGCCGUUGAUCAUUGUCUAUUGUUCUCCAAACAGUAAACCACUAUUUCACACCAAGAGACUGUGAGCGGCAGUUCUGGCUGAGUCCUGGGCUUCUCAUGAAUAUGAAGUAAAGGGCUCUGACCCAGAAAGUGGUUCUGAGCAGGGUAAAAUGGGGUCUCGGAAAUGUGGAGGCUGCCUAAGUGGUCUGCUGAUUCCGCUUGCACUUUGGAGUAUAAUUGUGAAUAUAUUACUGUAUUUCCCAAAUGGGCAAACUUCCUAUGCAUCCAGCAAUAAACUCACCAACUACGUGUGGUAUUUUGAAGGAAUCUGUUUCUCAGGUGUCAUGAUGCUUAUAGUAGCAGCAGUUCUUCUUGUACUGGAGAAUGAUAAUAACUGUAAAUGUUGCCAGAGUGAAAACUGCAGCAAAAAAUACAUGACACUGCUGUCAAUGAUUUUUUCUUCCCUUGGAAUUGCUUUCUCUGGAUACUGCCUGGUCAUAUCUGCUCUGGGCCUUGUUCAGGGUCCAUACUGCCGCACUCUCGAUGGCUGGGAGUACGCCUUUGAAGGCACUGCUGGACGUUUCCUUACAGAUUCAAGCAUCUGGAUUCAGUGCCUGGAACCUGCACAUGUAGUGGAGUGGAAUAUCAUUUUAUUUUCCAUUCUCAUAGCACUCAGUGGGCUUCAGGUGAUUGUUUGCCUCAUCAGAGUAGUCACUCAGUUAUCCAAGAUACUGUGUGGAAACUAUUCAGUCAUCAUCCAGCCUGGAAUUAUUUGAAUAAGGACAAGAAUGUUUUCCAUUAUCAAGAUAUGCCAUCUGUUUUUCUCAUAUCUACUGUAUAGACUUAAGGGCAAUAUUCCAGUGAUGAUGUUUUCUCCAUUUGGUGUUUGUUGUGCCUGCUUAUGAAAUUUACAUUCCUCACUGAAUGUGCCAACUAUGCUACCUUUCCAUUUAGAAUAUUUUUCUAAGCAAUAUGUGUCAGGAUCUUCAGAAAUGUUUAUACCCUUUGGUCAAACAAAUCCAUUUCCAAUAAUCCAUACUAUGGAAAUAAAUAAAACUUUAUGGAAAUAUAAAUAAUACAACAUUAUUUAAUAUUCUGGAAAAUUAGAAAUAUCCAACAGUCUAACUUUAGGGGAAGAAUUAAAUAAAGAGUAGUAUAUUAGUUGUAAUAUUAUAAAGUCAUUACAAAAUAUGUCACACAAUCAUUACAAAUUACAUUGUUGAGAUUAUGAAUACUGUUAAUUUACAAAACAGAUUACAAAUUCAUGUUUAUAGUAUACGUAUAACCACCUAAACACCAAAUAAUCAAAAUUUACAAUAAAAACUAAAUCUAGAAGGAUUUUCAGAAAAAUGUCAGCUGUCAUUGACUUGGAUCAUAGGUGACCCUUCCUACUUUUCUAUAUUUUCCAAAUUUUCUUUAUUAUGUUUUAUCAUUAAAAUACAUUUUUAAAACUCAUAUUUUUACUAUUAAGAUUUUUUGCUUUUUUCUGUUUAAAGAUACUGCAUUUUUCAUGUUUUCCUACCUUGAGUAUCUAUAAUAUAUCAUAAAGUAGUACUUAAUGUUCAGUAAGGAAAGUAGUGAGGUAGAAAAGACAAAAAAAGUUUUAUAUAAGCCUAUGUAAUCUUACUGAGCUGUUAGCCUAAUUUUCUCAUUCCUGAUGAUGAGUGUGGUGGGCUACAAGAGGUAGCCUUGAAAUAAAUGAUCAGUUGAGGAUAUGCUCAGUGGGUUAAAGAAAGUGACCAUUGAUCAGUUGAUACCUAUAUUAUGGGCAGUUACCACUACUUGCAUUUAUAGAAAAAAAAUUAAGUAAAACAUUUAGAAACUUUCUACCUAUACUUACCAUGACUUCUUGGAGAACAGCAACCAUGUUUUAUAUUUCCCAUCAUCCAUAGGACAUAGCAUAAAGUGGGCAUAGUAGACACUCAGUGUUGAAUAUUCAUGUCAGGCCCUUCUGCCCUUCAUCGUUGCUCUGCUGAACACCUGUCUCCAACAUAGGCCCACCAGGCCAUAACACUUCUGCCACUUGCCCAUUGCUCUCCUCCAUGAACACUGUCAACAAUACUCUGUCAACACUUGCUCUGUGCCAAAGCUGGGCAGUAGCCUGGGGCAAAGGGGAAAAUGCUUCUCUCUUUGGUGCCUGCUCUGCCUACAUCCUCCUUUGAGGGCAGCCACCCUGUCCACAGCCUUUGCUGAUGUAAGUAAGCAUCCUGAAAGCAAGCCAUAUUGUAUAUCAGAUGACCUCCAUGCCCUGGACCCAGCAGAAGGAAUUGGGAUGGGCACCCAAGCCGUGGGCAGCCUGUUGUUACCCUACUAGCUUUGACUGAGCCACGAGUGAAACACUAUCCAAAUGAGAUUGGUGGUCAUUCUUGCUUGAGAAUCUCAACUAGGAAGCCAAGAAUGAAGCAACCCAGUCACUGCUUUCAGGAAAAUAAUUAAAGGAUGAGAAAGGAUGCCAAAAUACUGAGAGUAUCUGAUUACUCCACCAAGCCCAUAAACUUGUCAUAUCCAGCACGCUCUUUUCUUAGGUCUCCCAAUGACUCCUCAGUCCUCUUGUAAACAGACUUCUGGAAGGUCAACCCCACCAGUUUGUCAGACACGUUCAGACUGUCUCAGUCUUAUUCAGAUUCAAUACAGCAUCAUACCUUGAGUGGACCAUGAGUAGACAGACGUCAGCUGAACGACUCCACCACAGAACUGGAAACAUUGUCUAAGAACAGGGGUGCAGCCAAAUGCAGUACAGUGUAUGUAUUAUUAAAUUAUUAACACAGCCAU